AUGAAGUUCGCCACCAUCGCUGCCAUCUUCGCCGGCAUUGCCGCCGCCGCACCCACCGCCGUCCAGGAGGACCAAUUCGAGACCGUUACCGUCAACAACGCCUCGUAUGGCGGUCGCGACGCGACGUAUUUCUCGUUCUACGUUCACUCUCAACACGUUGACAACGUCCACUGCGCUGCCAACCCUACCUUCGAGGUCGAAAAAGUCUACAGCUGUGACGACUCUUCAUACACAUUCCGCGUCUUGCAGGUGGAGGGCGGCAUCUAUCUGAGAUUGGCCCACGUUCUUAACGGACCUUCCAUGGUGGGCGACUUCAUGGUCAGGAUGAACGGACCUAUCCCUAUUGCCCUCAGCCAGGUCGGCACUGCCACUGCCGACUUGGACAAGGAGGGAACCGUUUAG